AUAGGAAUAGGAUAAUAAGUAAAUGAAAAAGCUCAUACCAAUUGCAUGAAUCCACAUUAAAAGGUUAGCCUUCCCAGUCUUCAUCCUUCCACAUCACUGACCUCUCGGAACCUCCUUUCUUUAAUGACUUUCCCAGCAUCUAUAAGCUUCAACCAACCUCCCCCACUUUCAUUAAUUCUCUCUCUCUCUCUCUCUUUGUCUUUUAUCCUCCAUGCUAGCUACCAGAGCAACCAAAGCACAGCCAUGGAAUUCCUUUCUCAUUCACUAGCAAAGCUCAGCCCCCCCCUCCUCUUCCUCUCUCUCUUUCUGUCUAGAGUCUACACCUCAACCGCCACCGCUUCAUACGAGAUUUGCUCAAAAGCGGCGGCCUCAUCGUGCCCCCCCUUCACCAGUUUCUCAUACCCCUUCGCCCUCUCUUCAACCAAUGGUUGCGGCCACCCUGCCUUCCAAAUCGAUUGCACCAAUGGACACUCGAAAUUAACCAUAGGCACACAAAAGUACAGAGUUCUGAGCACUCCGACUCCACGAUCCCUCUCUGUCAUCUACGAUGACCUCUUCGAGAGCCUGUGCUCUUCAAAGUCCUUCAUCCUUAACCUCACUUCUUCUCCAUUUUGGCUUCCCCUUGGUGUGAAGAAGAAUCUAAGUUUACCUGGAUGUGAGAUUCUAUCGCCAAAGAAUCUUCCAUGUGAUUUUUGUAAUGUAGUGGUGGAGUGGCCUAUGGCGAGCUUGCCGGGAGGACUCGAUUUGAUGGACCAUGGUUUCGAACUCGACUUCAACGGGACCGACCUGAGGUUUAGAGAGUGCAUAGAGUGCAUGAAAGGGAAUGGCAUGUGUGGGUUCAAUGACACAGAUGCCCUCCUUCCAUUCUUGUGCUAUCAUGCCCGUGGACCACCUUCUCCUGUUGUCCAAGCUGUAGUCCAUAGUCCACCUUCACAACACUUGAACCAUAGGCAUGUACCAUGGUCGACGGGCUUCAUCGCAUUCGUGAUAGGUGCAUGUCUGAUGAUUGGAGCCAUGUUAGCAGUAUCCAUGGUGAUUGGAUUCUGCAAAAUCCAACCUCGGAUUGUUAAUCCUUAUGACUCAUCAACCACUGAUAAGCCAUUACCAAACUGUAAGGAAGCUCCAAGUAAUGAUCCUUCCUCAUCUUUCACUUACGGAGAGCUGGAGAAAGCAACUAACCACUUUGAUGAGAAGGAGAUGGUUGGGAGCGGUGGCUACGGGUGCGUGUACAGAGGGAUACUAGGACAAGGCCAUGUUGUGGCCGUGAAGCGGCUCCUCUCACACCACCCCGACACCCCCCGCCUCUUUCGCAACGAAAUAAACAUCAUGUCUAAACUAAGCCACCCCAACUUACUAUCUUUGUUGGGCCACUGUGAGGACCAAAAAGGCCUCCUCCUCGUAUACGAGUAUGUAAGCAAUGGCACUCUCUCAGGCCACCUCCAUGGUCCUCUCCGUGGGGCACACCUCAAUUGGAAGGCCCGCCUCAACAUCGCAGAGCAGACUGCUUGUGCUCUAGAGUACCUGCACACUCAGUUUAUAGUCCACAGAGAUGUGAAAUCGGUUAACAUAUUGUUGGAGGCCAACCUAUCCGUUAAGGUGGCAGACAUGGGUUUGUCCAGGGACAUGGUAGAGAGAACCCACAUCACCACUUCACCUCUGGGGACACCAGGAUAUGUCGACCCCGAGUACUACAGGACAUACAGACUGACUCAGGCUAGUGAUGUGUACAGCUUUGGGGUGGUCUUGAUGGAGUUGGUUACUGGGAUGAAGGCACUGGAGGCGAGGGGAGGGGAAAAUGGGGAGGUGAGCCUUGCGACCUUGGCGGUGACGAAGAUACAGAGUGGGAGGAUAGUGGAGAUGGUGGAUCCCAUGUUGGCAAGUGCACAAGGGGUGGAGGCAGUGUGUGAGCUAGGGUUUGCAUGUCUAGCUUCGGCCCGGGAGGAUCGGCCUACCAUGAGAGAGCUUCGCCAGCACCUCGGCCACAUCAAAGGAGAGUUAAUUUAGUUUUCAGAUGCUACUACCAUUGCAUGAUGAACCUUCUGAUUUCCCCCCAAAUCAGAGAUAGUGAAGUUUGACAGAUUAGUGAAGCAUAUUGUACCUAGAGCAAGAAAUCAAGCAUGUUAAUAUUUAAACCAAGAAAGAAAAAAAAAUCAGCAUGUUGAGUUCAUUGGAAAUGUGAGAUCUGAAAGUCAAUAUAAUUUCUUUUACAUGUU